AUGAGCAGCUCCGAGCGACAACGAGAAGAUAUGUGAGUUUUUAUGGGAAAUUUGGGAUUUUCAUGAAAUUUAAACGAAAAAUAUGUGGUUUUUCAUGAAAUUUGGCGUUUUGUCAUGUAAAAUUCGAUAAUUUUUCAUCAAAAAUCGCCAAAUUUCGUAAUUUCCCCCUGAAAAUUAUCGAUUUUUGCCCGCGCAAUGUUCAAAAACAUGAAAACAGCGAGAGGAAUCCAAUUAAACCGCGCUCAUCCCCUUUUUUUCAUUACUCUCUCUUUUUCUGCUCCUUUUUUGAUGGAAAAUAACAAAAAUUGCGAAAUCUUGAUAAAAAAAUAUGAAAGAUGUGGAAAUUCUUUUGGGAAAUCGAAUUUUUAUGGAGAAAAAUGGGAAAAAAUCGCAAAACUUUACAAAUCGGGGUUGAAAAUACCUUAAGCGCCUUAAAGUCACUCUAAUAGUGCCUUAAGAACCUUAAAAUAUCGAUUUUUCUUAUGAAAAAACCCUAAAAUUCAUGAGAAAUAGUGUAAAGACCUUAAAAACCUCCCCAAGCACCCUAAAGACCUUAAAAACCUCCCCAAGCUCCCUAAAGACCUUAAAAACCUCCCCAAGCUCCCUAAAGACCUUAAAAACCUUCCCAAGCUUCCUAAAAACCUUAAAAACCUUUUUCAGCAACCGCGGAAUCGCAGAAUAUCUCCAAAUGACGGGCUACACUGAAACCUUCUCAAUGUUCCUAAAAGAAGCCUCAUUGUCUGAAAAUGAUAUUAAAAUUGGUGCUGGAAUUCUGGAGAAAAAGUGGACAACUGUUUUGCGACUUCAACGAAAAGUCAACGAUUUGGAAGCGAAAUUAGCCGAAGUUCAGUCGGAAAUUGCUCACGGAGCACCAACACGCGAUAAAAGACAGGCUUCCGAUUGGAUUCCACGACCACCGGAGACUCAAAAACUAAUCGGACAUCGACUUCCGAUAACUCGCGUCAUAUUUCAUCCACUUUGGAGUGUUAUGGCUAGUUGUUCGGAGGAUGCGACGAUUCGAAUUUGGGACUAUGAAAGUGGACAAUUGGAGAGGAGUUUAAAGGGACAUACGGAUGCGGUUAAUGAUGUUGCAUUUGAUGCGGCUGGAAAGCAAUUAGGUGAGCGGUUUUGGGGAGGUUUUAGUGGAAAAUUUGUGAAAAUUGGUUGAAAAUGAAGAUUUUUAGUGGAAAAAUCAUGAAAAUUGGUUGAAAAUGAAGAUUUUUGGUGGAAAAAUCUUGAAAAUUGCUCAAAAUUACCUAGACUGGGUGAAAAAGCUUGAUUUUUCGCCCCCUUUCCGAUAAAAUUUCAUUUUCAAACGAUGCUCCGCGUUUACACGUGGAUUUUCUAUGAAUGUUGACCUAAAAUUUGAAUUUUUAGUCGGAAAAUCAUGAAAAUUGGUCAAAGUUACCUAGACUGGGUGAAAAAGCGUCAUUUUUCGCCCCAGGGACUUAUUUCCGAUAAAAUUUCAUUUUCAAACGAUGUUCCGCGUUUACACGUGAAUUUUCUAUGAAUUUUGAUUAAUUUUGACCAAAAAAACUUGAUUUUUCACCAAAAUUCAAGAUUUUUCAUUUUCUCAAGCCUGAAAUUGAUUUUAGGUUGAAAAUUUGCAUUUUUUCGAUUAUGUAGACCUGAAAUUCAUUGAAAAUUAUGAAUUUUGACCCAAAAAUUCAAAAAAAAAUCAUCGAAUCAUCGAUUUUUUUUGCAGUCUCGUGCUCAACAGAUCUAACAAUCAAAGUUUGGGAUUUCGGUCAAACGUACGAUUGUUUGAAGUCAUUAAAGGGACACGAGCAUACGGUAUCAUCGGUGACUUUUGUGCCAAAUGGUGAUUUUGUUUUGUCGGCAAGCAGAGAUCAUACCAUCAAAAUGUGGGAUGUGAGUUUUUUGUUUUUGGGAGGAAUUUUUAAGGACCUUAAGAAUGUGUCUAAAAAUCAUCAAGAACCUUAAACAUAUUUUAAGAACCUUAAAAAUAACCUUAAAGACCUUAAGAACCCCAAAAUUCUUCAUUUACCAUCGUAAGCAGCUUUCUAAGGACAUCAGGAACCUUCAAAAUCACCUUAAGGACCUUAAGAACAAAGCUACCUUCAAAAUUUUCAUUUUUCACCAUAAACAGCUCUCUAAGGACAUUAGAAACCCUAAAAAUCACCUUAAGGAGCUUAAGAAUCAAGAAACCUUCAAAUUCAUUCAUUUUUCACCAUAAGCAGCUUCCUAAGAACUUUAAGAAGCUUUAAAUUCACCUUAAGGACCCUAAGAACCUAGCAACCUUCGAAAUGUUUCAUUUUCACCAAAUUUUCACAAUAAAAGCUUCCUAAGAACCUUAAGGACCUUCAAAUUCACCUUAAGGACCUUAAGAGCCUAACUACCUUCAAAAUGCUUCAUUUUUCCCCAAAUUUUCAUUAUAAGAAGCUUCUUAAGAACCUUAAGAAGCUUUAAAUUCACCUUAAGGACCUUAAGAACCUAGAAACCUUCAAAAUGCUUCAUUUUUCCUCAAAUUUCCACCAAAACCCCUCAAAUUCUUUUCAGAUUUCAACCGGUUACUCUGUCUUCACAUUCCGCGGACACAAUGAUUGGGUUCGAAUGGUUCGAGUCUCGCCAGAUGGAACACUUUUCGCCACAGCCAGCAACGAUCAAACGUGUCGAAUUUGGUCGAUUUCGACGAAAUCCGAAAAAUUGGUGUUGAGAGAUCAUGAACAUGCAGUGGAAUGUAUUGAAUGGGCACCUGAUACCGCUUAUGAACAUGUCAUUGGAAAACGUGAGGGAUUUUGAGCGGAAAUUUUGAUUUUUGGCCAAUUUUGAUCUGAAAUUCAUGAAAAAUUAUGAAUUUUGACCCAAAAACCUUGAUUUUCCAUAAAAUUUGAAGAUUUUUAACUUCUGAAGCCUGAAAUUGAACAUUUUGAUGAAAAUCAUGAAGCCUAUCUUCGAUUUUUCAUGAAAAAUCUAUGUUUCCAACGACACUCCGCAAUUACGCGGCCAAUUUUGGCGCCUCAAACUUUGUUUAAAAAUUUUUUCAUGAAAAUGUUGAUUUUAAAGGGACAUACAGUACUCCUAAGCUAAUAUCCAAAAAUUUGGCGAUUGUUAAAGGGACAUACCGUAUUUUUCACCAAUAUUUUCUUACAGAACCUGAAAUCGGCUCCUCAACUCAUAUUCUAUUCUCCGGAUCACGCGAUCGAACAAUAAAAGCUUGGAAUAUUUCAACUGGUGACGUCAUUUUUACACUUCAGGUAAGGUUUUGUGGGAAAAUUGAGCUGAAAAUUUGGAUUUUUCAUGAAAUUUUGAGCUAGAAUUAAUUUCAGGUUCUCGGAAAUGGAAAAACCUUCAAAAUUAUCAGAAAAUAAAAAUUUUAGGCUCAAAAACCUCAAAUAUAUUGAAAAAUUAAGUUUUCCAUAUCGAAAUUCAUGAAAAAUCACAAGAUUUGCACUCAAAACAUCCAAAUUCCAUAAAAAUCCCAAAUUUCCAAUCAAAAAUCAAUUUCAGGCUCACGAAAAUUGGCUCCGCGGCUUAGCUUUCCAUCCAAAAGGCAAAUUCUUGAUAUCGGUUGCCGAUGACAAAACUUUGAGGAUAUGGGAAUUGGCACAACAGCGAUGUAUGAAAACAAUUGAAGCACACGAUCAUUUUGUAUCAACUGUUGGUAAGUUCAGGGUUUUGAUUGAAAAUUUGAAAAUUUUGCAAAAUUUUGAGCUGAAAUUCAUUAAAUUUGAGCAAUUUUGAGCCAUGAUGUGAUUUUUUCAAAAUUUUUAAAUUUUGGAGCCAAAAUCUACAGUAACCCCAAAAAUAUCGAUUUUAUUGCAGCCUUCCAUCAAUCUGCACCGUAUGUCAUCACCGGAAGUGUCGAUUUAUCGUGUAAAGUUUGGGAGUGUCGCUGA